AUGACGAGGAAGAGCCGCCCGAAGAAGGGCGUCACACAGGCUGAUCUCAAGCAGGUGGAUAUUGAUGCUGAGUUCAAGUCCUCUAGCUCCUCUGAUAGUAGCGAAACGGAGAGUGAGGACGAUCAAAGACCCGAGUCGACCCCUGAGAUGCUGAUGCGAGCUGCAGCGGUGGGCGGGGAGUUGGCAGGGCAAAUGACGAACAAGUGGAUCAGCGAUAACCAGACUGGUCUGAAGUACUGCUAUAGUGGCAGUGAGAAGAAGAUGUACAUGUGGAAUCCUCAGUCGCAGUCUAUGUACCAAUGGAAUGGUCGGGGGAGCAUAGAAUUCCUCUGGCAAGCUGAUCAAGGGUCAGCAGGACAGGGCCGGCCAGAGGCCGUAGAGACAGCCCCUGCAGCUUCUGCUGAGGACCGGGUUGGUGAACCAGAGAAGGUUUUAUGGAUAACUUAU